GUUUGUCAGCGAUCGUGUACUUAUUUGCAUACUGAUCUUUUGUCUGUUUGUCCACUUAGUGCGAUACUAGCAAUAUACAGACGAACUUGCAUAGAUACGUAGCACGAGUAGAGUCGUCUUAGUUUUCCGUGAGUUUAUUACUUAGUACUAAAUCAGACGUCGGUCACAAAACGCUUCGGUGUUUGUGUUAAUCUCGUGUUUGUAUUGUGUUUUGUUUACGCGUUCAUAUGUGUGUAUGUAUGUUCAAUACCGUCCGUUUGAUUUACAAAACAAAAAGGAAAAUAGAAAAUAAUUUAAAAUUAAAAUUUGAUUUUUAAAAACAUUUACAAGUUCAGAUUCAGAUUCGUUUGAGACGUGCGCGUGUACGGACGUUAAUUUCGUGUCGAUCGCAACAAAAUUAAUGAAAUUAAAUAACGAAGUGAAUAAAGCGUUGUUUGGGAAAUAUUUAAUAUACCAAAGCGUUGGCGUGUAAAUAUUUAAGUGCAACAGCAACCUCAGCUAAAGCCCUAUUCACCUCUACAGCUGUUAUAAUGAUCGUAUUUUGCUGUUUUAUGCCUUCGGUGAACGCGAUCCGUUGUCACCAGUGUAACUCCCAUCUGCAAGAGGAUUGCACGGAAUUGCGUUUGAUAACACCGCGUGCUCCACGUGAUGAGCAAUUCUUAACCGAAUGUGAGUCGCCCGAUAUGUUUUGCCGCAAGACGAUUACGAAAAUCGAAGUGAGCGGCGAAAAUCGCAUUAUACGCAGCUGUGGAUACUUGGACAACGACAAGAAGGCGAAGACGAAUUACUGCUUCGAUGCUGACAAUGAGGGGUAUAAGCAGAGGAUCUGCACCUGCUAUGAGGAUGGCUGCAAUGCGGCACCGCCACGUCUCGGCAAUGCCAAUCACGUGACCAUGCUGAGUGCGACCGGUUUGUGCGUGUUGGUGGCGCGAUUCCUGCGGAUUAAUGCUUAGAUAGGAGAAAUUUCUGUACAAAUUCAUUCUGAUGUGCGUAUGUAUUUUGCAUCGUUGCGUGAAGUAUACUAGAUUAUUGUAAAUUGUUGGAACUUUUCAUUGGAGAGUGGAGUGCUUGAAGCAUGAAAUGCAUAUUAAUGAAGUUGCCGCUGGAGUUGAAGAGUCCUACACUUUCUUUGUCUAUUUGAGAGUGUUGAUUUAUUUUAUUUGAUUGCUUUCAUUUCAUUUUUGUUUAAAAAUACUUCCACACGACUUUUGGACUCGAUUUAUGAAAUUUUGAUUUAAUAAAAAAUAUAUGCAUACAUUUAUA